CCCACCUCUAGGAUGUAAGUAAUGGUGAGAAGAUGAAGAUGAAAACAGUGCGGUCUGAGUGACGGGAAAUACAGCAGUCUGGUUUAGCUGCAGUGUUAUGUACAAGUCGUCUUCAGACUUCUUACCUUUGGUUUUUCAGCACAAACUGCUCACAGGUUUUGGAAGGCUGUGAAAGGACUUACCAUUUGUGUGUUAGUGUUUUCUGUGUAUCGUCAUAUUACCUUGCUUUUCCCUGGACAGCUGUGUUCAGAGCUUCAUGUGGAAAUCUUUCUAUUGAAGAGAGAUAAAAAGGAUCCUUAAUCUGAUUCUCUUUGGAUCUUUCUAUUUUUAUGUUUCAGCAAGGGCUGACACAAAGACAGCAGCAAAGAAACUUUUUGCUGUGAAGGGAGACCAGCAGGGGUCUUGUUAACACACAAGGGGAAGUAGUCUGAAGUGCCUGCAGGUUGUGACACUGCCUUGGGGAGACAAAGCUUAGGCUUUUCUUGGUUAAAUGUAACAGGGUGGCUGAAGACUGCAUAGAAAACAACUGCAGGGGAAAAAAAAAAAAAAGCUCUGUUCCUCUAGCCAGCCAAAAUCACCCAACGGUCUGAUGAAGUCACUGCAUUAUUUUUUUUCCUGUGUACAUUCAGUAUGCAUUCUUCACUCGACUCGUCCGUAGAAGCAAGUUAUUUAAAGCUUUAUACUCGACAAAUAUUCAACCAUACACAUUUAUGUUGUGAAUAUAAACGGGUAUAAGUUUAUCUAUUCAUGGGGCUGAAAAGCGUGCGCAAAUCUGUCAGAGGAGAACUGCAGCAAGCUACCCAGUGUCACAGCGUCCGCCCGUGGUCGGGCAUCCUUCACUCCCACAAGUCAGAAGGUCAAUAAAAAUGGAAGCCUCAUCUUCUGGAUCUAUUUCAGCAGUCACUGGUGAAAAAGCAAAAACACAUCAGCCAGAAGGAAGAGAGGAUUUGCAGGUUAACCGGCUGGAAACACAAAUACGGAUAAAACCAGACAUAGAGAAGACAGAUGUGGACUUUUCAGAGAUUCUUAAUGCAAUACAAGAAAUAGCUAAGGAUGUCAACAUUUUUUUUGAUGAGUUAGAAGGCGUAAACAGCCCUUCCAAAGAUGAUGACUCCCUGCUUCACCAUGGUAAUUUGACCAGUACUUCUGAUGAUGCCAGCAGGUUGGAAGUUGUGGGAGAGGAAGUACCUGAUAAGAACAAAGCUAAUGGACUAUAUUUUAGAGAUGGGAAAUGUCGGAUUGACUACAUCCUGGUAUACAGAAAAUCUAAUCCACAGACAGAAAAGAGGGAAGUAUUUGAGAGAAAUAUUAGAGCAGAAGGUCUUCAAAUGGAAAAAGAGUCAUCUCUAACAAACAGUGAUAUCAUCUUUGUGAAGUUGCAUGCCCCUUGGGAGGUCCUGGGCAAAUAUGCUGAACUAAUGAAUGUAAGAAUGCCUUUCAGGCCCUUUAACCCCUUCAAUGCUGGAGCCCCCUGCAUACUUGUGCGCUGCUGUUUUUUAAAUGGACAUUUCAUUGAAAUCAAUGGGAGGUCAAGAAGAUCCAGGAGAAAAAUCUAUUACCUGCACCGCCGAUACAAGUUCAUGAAUAGGAUCGAGAAACAAAUAAGCAGGUUUCGAGGAUGGUUACCUAGAAAGCCAAUGAAACUGGACAAGGAGACACUGCCAGAUCUGGAGGAGAAUGACUGCUAUACUGCUCCAUUCAGCCAACAAAGGAUCCAUCACUUCAUCAUACACAACAAAGAUACUUUCUUCAAUAAUGCUACAAGAAGUAGAAUUGUACACCAUAUCUUACAGAGAGUGAAAUACGAAGAAGGGAAAAAUAAAAUUGGUCUGAAUCGAUUGCUCAGUAAUGGCUCCUAUGAAGCUGCAUUUCCUCUUCAUGAGGGAAGCUACAGAAGUAAGAAUUCAAUAAGAACACAUGGGGCAGAAAACCACAGACACCUGCUCUAUGAGUGCUGGGCUUCCUGGGGAGUGUGGUAUAAAUACCAACCACUGGACCUUGUGAGACGGUACUUUGGUGAGAAAAUUGGGCUGUACUUUGCCUGGUUAGGCUGGUACACAGGGAUGCUCUUCCCAGCUGCCUUCAUUGGAUUGUUUGUCUUUUUGUAUGGAGUCACCACUUUGAACCACUGCCAAGUCAGUAAAGAAGUCUGCCAAGCUACAGAUAUCAUUAUGUGUCCUAUAUGUGAUAAGUACUGUCCCUUCAUGAGGUUGUCAGACAGCUGUGUUUAUGCCAAGGUAACCCACCUUUUUGACAAUGGAGCGACUGUCUUUUUUGCUGUUUUCAUGGCGGUGUGGGCAACUGUUUUUCUGGAGUUUUGGAAAAGGCGGCGAGCAGUAAUCGCUUAUGACUGGGACUUGAUAGACUGGGAAGAAGAGGAGGAGGAAAUACGUCCACAGUUUGAAGCCAAGUACUCCAAGAAAGAACGAAUGAACCCCAUAUCCGGAAAGCCAGAGCCUUAUCAAGCAUUUGCAGACAAAUGCAGCAGGCUCAUUGUUUCUGCAUCUGGAAUAUUUUUUAUGAUCUGUGUGGUGAUUGCUGCUGUUUUUGGCAUUGUUAUUUACCGUGUUGUGACUGUCAGCACUUUUGCUGCCUUUAAGUGGGCUUUAAUCAGGAAUAACUCUCAGGUUGCAACUACAGGGACUGCAGUGUGCAUCAACUUUUGCAUCAUCAUGCUACUGAAUGUGCUGUAUGAAAAAGUUGCUCUUUUCCUGACAAAUUUAGAGCAGCCUCGUACCGAAUCCGAGUGGGAGAACAGCUUCACUCUGAAAAUGUUUCUUUUUCAGUUUGUCAAUCUGAACAGCUCUACCUUUUAUAUAGCAUUCUUCCUUGGAAGAUUUACAGGACACCCUGGUGCCUACUUAAGGCUGAUAAACCGGUGGAGACUGGAAGAGUGCCACCCUAGUGGAUGCCUUAUUGAUCUCUGUAUGCAAAUGGGUAUUAUAAUGGUGCUAAAGCAGACCUGGAAUAAUUUCAUGGAACUGGGCUACCCGCUAAUUCAAAACUGGUGGACCAGGAGAAAACUACGACAAGAGUAUGGCACACAGAGAAAAACAAGCUUCCCACAGUGGGAAAAGGACUACAAUCUGCAACCUAUGAAUGCUUAUGGACUCUUUGACGAAUACCUAGAAAUGAUUCUUCAGUUUGGGUUCACAACCAUUUUUGUGGCAGCUUUUCCACUGGCACCGCUUCUGGCCUUACUUAACAAUAUUAUUGAAAUUCGGCUUGAUGCGUACAAAUUUGUUACCCAGUGGAGAAGACCUUUAGCUUCAAGAGCCAAAGAUAUAGGAAUCUGGUACGGGAUCCUGGAAGGCAUUGGAAUUCUUUCUGUUAUCACAAAUGCAUUUGUUAUAGCUGUGACAUCAGAUUUCAUCCCUCGCCUUGUUUAUGCUUACAAAUACGGACCUUGUGCUGGCCAAGGAGAAGCUGGACAAAAGUGUAUGGUUGGCUACGUUAAUGCCAGUUUAUCAGUAUUUCUGGUGUCUGACUUUGAAAACCGUUCAGAGCCAACAUCAAAUGGAAGUGAAUUCUCUGGUUCACCAUUAAAGUAUUGCAGGUACAGGGACUACCGAGACCCUCCUCACUCCCCAGUGCCCUACGGUUACACGCUGCAGUUCUGGCACGUCUUAGCAGCACGGCUGGCUUUCAUUAUUGUAUUUGAGCACCUUGUUUUCUGCAUAAAGCACCUGAUUUCCUACUUAAUCCCAGAUCUCCCAAAAGAUCUGAGAGAUCGGAUGAGGAGAGAAAAGUACCUGAUUCAGGAAAUGAUGUAUGAAGCUGAACUAGAACGUUUGCAGAAAGAGCGGAAGGAAAGGAAGAAGAACGGAAAAUCUUAUCACAAUGAGUGGCCAUGACGGGGUGAGGAAGAAACUGCUUAAAAGAAGAUAGGAAUUCUGUUUAUAAAAAUUUCCUGGUUUUCUACACUGGAGAGAGCACUAAAAGGAAUAGUCAGUCAAUGUUGUGUGCACUUAGCACAUGUGCACCCAUCUUUAAUGGGGUGCACAUUGGCAUAAGCCUUUUGAAAUUAGAGGUCUUGCAAGGCUUAGUCUUCUCCAGAGCUAAUGUCAGCAUGAGCAGAUCAGACCCAUGCUUAAGUCUCUGCACUCUUUCCAGGAAGUUCCCAGGCUCUGACUUAUACUCAAGGCCCUAAACUUCAAAGCAGUAUAUAUCUUACAGUGCUUUACAGAACUCAGUGAUCUUAUGGCUUCUUCUCAUGACCAAGUUGCUGCUUCAUAACCAGUGACUGUGCAUUAGCAACAUGGCAGUACUUGUCCAUGUGUGUGGCCACCACCUGCAGCACAUGCAUGGCAACGUUGCCCUCUUCCACAGUGGACUAAGCUGUGUUAGCUUGCAUUUACCUUGAGUUAAGGUCACAUAUGUGGACCAUUUCCAUUACUCCAACAAUACUGAAGUAUUUUUUAAGAUGAGAUGCUUGAUCAUGAGUCUAAUCAACUGGUCUAAAAAUGCUGAAAAAUUUAGGUGUGCAGACGUGCUGACAGAUAAACAAGCAUCUAAAUGUGCCCAGAGGUAUCUAACUGUAGGGUCAUUUAUUUGAAAAUGAUACUGUGAAAAGUUAGUAAAACGUUCUAAAGAUUUGAACAGUGCCUUUUCAGCUGUAGAACUGUCUGAUCUCUGAAGGAAACAAAUCAGGCUAGGGCAUCUUGCCCAGAACCGCCCGUGUAUUUGUAUUGCAAGAUCCCAUUGAGACCUUGCCAGGAAUCAAAGUGUGUGAUGCACUUAACAGAAGAUGGACUGUGUCUUAAAGACCUAUCUGCAUAAGUAAAACAAACAAAUAAAAAAAAACAACGGAUGAACAAGGUCAGGAGAGCAAAGGAACAGAGUCAUCCAGAAUGUCUACACUUGUAACAUUUUCUUUGUUCAUUCUUCCAUUAUCUAUGAAGGAGUGGAGGGAAAAAAUAAAACAACAGACUGUAGUAUGAAAUAGCUUGAAAUCCUUCAUGCAGAGCAAUUCUACACAGGCUGCAGAAUUAGAUUUGGGUGAAAUGGGCCACAUCCCUUUGCAAAUUUUUUAGUACUAAGAAAUCAAAAAUUUCCCAGACCAUUAACCAAAAAUAGUGGAGCUGUAGGUCUGAAGACAGCAGAAGUGUUGGAUCAAGCAACAUGGAUCGAAAUGCUGAGUGUUGUGAAAGCUCUACCACCUCUUGCCUCAAAGUGGUAACACUGCAAUUCUUGCAGAACAGGCAGUGGCACAAUCAGCCACAACACGAAGAAAGAAGUUCAAAAGUCAAGACUGUAAGAAACCAAGUGGAAGCAAGUCUUUUUCCUAGUGAGGAUACAGCUAGAUAAAAAAUACUGGAGCUGAUCUAUUUGCUUAGCCCUUUUCCAAAUAAUUGGAGCUCCAUAGAAAUUAUAAUUUUCUCAGAAAUCUUAAGGAAUUGUGACCUUGUUAGUUGAAGAUAUUUAAAAGGGAGGAAAAUUCAGCAAGUUGUUUCUAUGAGUUCUCCUGGAAACUAUCCCAUAGAAGGGCUAGAAUUUGCCCUUCUGGACAGACCACAAAAUGCAAGACUUUAUGGAUGGAUGCCUCAAGCUCCACAAGACAUCAGCACCACUUGCACCAAGACCCCAUAUUGCCAAAUUAGAUCUAUUAGCUUCCUUCCGCUGCAAAGGAGAACUGUGCUGUUUCCAUGCAGGGGGAGGGUUUUAGUGAAAGGCAGUAUUUAGGUGAGGAAGGAGAGAGGUGGAAGAAAAUGUGUGUACCCUCAUCUCUGUAGCCACUGCCUGCCUACACUUUACUUCCUCAAAGCAAGGAAUCUCCUCCAGUAGUCAGCCACCACCCUACAUGAAGGGGAUAAAUGAUACAGCUCCCAUUUACCAGGUGCUUGUGUCUCAGGCCUGAAGGUCCUAUAAACACUGAAGGAAUUUCAGGAUUAAUCUGUUCUCUGUUGACUUGGUGCCAAACUGAGUGGGGAACACAACUAGUGGUUGUGGGGUGUAUAAUUCCUGCCUAAUGAGGAAGCAAACUUGUUCAUCUGGGCUUUAGCUUACAGAAGCUGUGGACACAGCCCAUGUGGGCAGUGGAGAAAUGGGUGUAUUUCUGUCUCUGUAAACAGGGGGCGGGGAUUAGGCAACGUCAUCCUCUGAUACACACAUGCCAGAUGGGUUAGUAUUUACCAUCCAGCACCUACAGGUGCAUACUACACUCGCAGUCUGGAGACUCUCAGGACUCUCUGAAUCAUGGUCAGACCAACUUCACAUAAGCAGUUGUGUUAGUUUGCACACCCUCUGUUUCAUAUCUAGAACGACAGAUGACAAAAGCUUAGAAACUGUUUGCUAAGUAGCACAGCGAGACAUGUCAUGCAUAAAAUCAGUGUCACCCGUAUGAGUGUGAACUGUUGCACACUGCUGCAGUAAGAUAUAGCUUUGUCAAUGUAGAUAUCAAUAACUUCGAGAACUGAGCUGAAACCCAGUAGAAUAUAAACUCACUUCCACUCCAGAGAAACUACCGCAAUAUAAUGUGCCAAAACAAAUAAAGUGCAGCAGAAAUACAAUAGACAAUAAUUGCUUUUGAGACUAGUUUUCAAGAUAGCUACAUUAUGAUGAGUUUUCAUGACAACACGUUGCUAGAAGUUGUGUCCCAUUCUGCUCUAAAUGAGAAGAGGAGCUGGCUGCUUACCAAGCUUGUGCCAAGUAUGAUGCUGAAAAGGAGAUCUGACCUGCCAGGCAGAUCCCGACUGCAUUUGUGUCACUACAUUGACCACUGAGGUUUCUGUGCUGCUGGUCUGCAGGCCAGAUUUCCCUUGAGUCCUUCAAAGCUAUACAGUUGAACACUCAGGAAAGAGGACCCCCUUUUAUUUAUUUCGUAAAUUAGGAAAAUAUAAUACAAAUAAUAGGCUAAUAAUAAGAAAAAAAUGGAAUUUUAAUGGUCUCUAGAUAGCAAAUUUAUGCCAUUCCCUUCUUUCUGAUCUGAUGAUGGGUUUUGUUUAAACCUCCAGGUGACCGUCCUAUAUGUUGUUUACUUAUUCCAGCUCCACAAGAGCACUACCUUCAAGGGAAUGAGAAAAAAAUGCAACCUCAAUGCAUGCCACAGACAUUUUACAUAGCAAGCAGGACAGCACACAUCAAAGGAUUUACUGUGAAAUCAUCUUGCAAUCAGCAUAGGAUUGACCUCCAUAGACCACCCUUGGCAGCAAGCAUGUACUUCAUGAGCAGUUACACACCAGUUUUUAAAACCAAGGAGAAAAAAAAAUUGUAUAUUGGGACUGUUUUUCAGCCUGUUUGCUACAUUUUUUGCAUUCUGUCCCAUGUUGGUUUUACAGAUCUUAGAAUAAACAAUGUAAAUGAACAACCAGGAUACUUUGACAACAGAAAAAGCCUAGGUAUAGAACAUCAUCUGUGUUCAAGCCACCAAAUACUACAACAGAAACCCUGUUUACAAAUCAGUUCUUUUUUAUUUUAAAUCUUUCUGAGGGGAGUUAUGUUAUUUACCAUAUAUAUAAUAUAUAUAUAAAGUAUAUAGAUUGUUUAUUUGUAAAUAGAAAAAUCCUAUGGAGAAGAAUGUCAAGUUUUCACACUUUAAAAAAAAUCAUCAACAUAAAGCCAUGUUUAAUGCUUGUAUAAUGUGACGCAAUAAACUUUAAAAUAAAUUAUGCAUAUGAAAUACUU